GUUCGGCGGUCCCCUCCCCCUUCCGCCCCCCUCCCCCUCACCUUCUCCUGCUCGAGAAGUGAGGGUGCUUGAAUGGUGAACGGUCAGGGGACUCACUCUCUGCCAACGGGAUCGCUUCACCUUCGUGCUUUGCCUGAGAUCUCCCAAAUCCAAGUGGAAUUUGGUGUGCACAGCCAUACUGUGUAUUUGUAUCUUCUCUCCCUCUCUCCUUCUUUCCCCCCACCUUCGCCGUUUGACCAAUGCUGGGAUCUGAGAUCUAGUCGCCCCCUUCCUGCCUCCUUUCCGCCUCUCCCCACCCUUUUCUUCUCUCAUCUACACACCAUCCACCCCCACUCCCACCCACCUAAAGGGCAAAGAGCAAAGACACCCUGGAAAAGCAGGGCUAAUUCCAUCUUUUCGGAUGGAAGGAGGCCUCGGGCAGGGAUUGUGAGUGACAGACAACCUUUCAGGAAGAGAGAAAGAGAGAAAUCCAGAGACUGAGCUCAGGCUCUCGGGAACAACGAAGCUCUCCACUGAUAGAGAGCACCGAGAUUUUAAAUCAAAGGAACCUAGUCCUGGGACACUCACUCUGCCUGCCUGCCUGCCUGCCUGCCUGCCAUCGAAGGCAUAGGGAGCUGUGGUCUUGAGCUCCCUGUCACUGACAUCGCAGCGCUAGGUGCGCGCCCGGCUCUCCCAUUGGUAUGCAGCGACCAUUUCCCUGCAAAUCUCAAAGGUGGAAACAUUUAAACGGAUUACAAGCGUGAUUUGGUAGCCUUUCGGAAAGUUGGUGGCCAGAAGAGGAGAAGCUACAAGGCUACAGUAUGAUGGAUACAAUUCAGCUUCCCAGAGAGUUUGCCCCUCCCGCUGGGAAGCCCCUCGGAGCAAACCUCGGAGAUCCUGAGCGCUCUGCACCAUAGUUUUGUAAUCAACCACGAACGAUGAAACAUUCCAUAGCUGAGAUGCUUCACAGAGGAAGGAUGUUGUGGAUAAUUCUUCUAAGCACAAUUGCUCUAGGAUGGACUACCCCGAUUCCCCUAAUAGAGGACUCAGAGGAAAUAGAUGAGCCCUGUUUUGAUCCAUGCUACUGUGAAGUUAAAGAAAGCCUCUUUCAUAUACAUUGUGACAGUAAAGGAUUUACAAAUAUUAGUCAGAUUGCCGAGUUCUGGUCAAGACCUUUUAAACUGUAUCUGCAGAGGAAUUCUAUGAGGAAAUUAUACACCAACAGUUUUCUUCAUUUGAAUAAUGCUGUGUCUAUUAAUCUUGGGAACAAUGCAUUGCAGGACAUUCAGACUGGAGCUUUCAAUGGUCUUAAGAUUUUAAAGAGACUAUAUCUACAUGAAAACAAACUAGAUGUCUUCAGAAAUGACACCUUCCUUGGCUUAGAAAGUCUAGAAUAUCUGCAGGCAGAUUACAAUGUCAUUAAACGUAUUGAGAGUGGGGCAUUUCGGAACCUAAGUAAAUUGAGGGUUCUGAUUUUAAACGACAAUCUCAUCCCCAUGCUUCCGACCAAUUUAUUUAAGGCUGUCUCUUUAACCCAUUUGGACCUACGUGGAAAUAGGUUAAAGGUUCUUUUUUACCGAGGAAUGCUAGAUCACAUUGGCAGAAGCCUGAUGGAACUCCAGCUGGAAGAAAACCCCUGGAACUGUACAUGUGAAAUUGUACAACUGAAGAGUUGGCUGGAACGCAUUCCUUAUACUGCCCUGGUGGGAGACAUUACCUGUGAGACCCCUUUCCAUUUCCAUGGAAAGGACCUACGAGAAAUCAAGAAGACAGAACUCUGUCCUUUGUUGUCUGACUCUGAGGUAGAGGCUAGUUUGGGAAUUCCACAUUUGUCAUCAAGUAAGGAGAAUGCAUGGCCAACUAAGCCUUCCUCAAUGCUAUCCUCUGUCCAUUUUACUGCUUCUUCUGUUGAAUACAAGUCCUCAAAUAAACAGCCUAAGCCCACCAAACAGCCUCGAACACCAAGGCCACCCUCCACCUCCCAAGCUUUAUAUCCUGGUCCAAACCAGCCUCCCAUUGCUCCUUAUCAGACCAGACCACCAAUCCCCAUUAUAUGCCCCACUGGGUGUACCUGUAAUUUGCACAUCAAUGACCUUGGUUUGACUGUCAACUGCAAAGAGCGAGGAUUUAAUAACAUUUCUGAACUUCUUCCAAGGCCCUUGAAUGCCAAGAAACUGUAUCUGAGUAGCAAUCUGAUUCAGAAAAUAUACCGCUCUGAUUUUUGGAAUUUUUCUUCCUUGGAUCUCUUGCAUCUGGGGAACAAUCGCAUUUCCUAUGUCCAAGACGGGGCCUUUAUCAACUUGCCCAACUUAAAGAGCCUCUUUCUUAAUGGCAACGAUAUAGAGAAGCUGACACCAGGCAUGUUCCGAGGCCUACAGAGUUUGCACUACUUGUACUUUGAGUUCAAUGUCAUCCGGGAAAUCCAGCCUGCAGCCUUCAGCCUCAUGCCCAACUUGAAGCUGCUAUUCCUCAAUAAUAACUUGCUGAGGACCCUGCCAACGGACGCCUUCGCAGGCACAUCCCUGGCCCGGCUCAACCUGAGGAAGAACUACUUCCUCUAUCUUCCCGUGGCUGGUGUCCUGGAACACUUGAACGCCAUUGUCCAGAUAGACCUCAAUGAGAAUCCUUGGGACUGCACUUGUGACCUGGUCCCCUUUAAACAGUGGAUCGAAACCAUCAGCUCAGUCAGUGUGGUUGGUGAUGUGCUUUGCAGGAGCCCUGAGAAUCUCACUCACCGUGAUGUGCGCACUAUUGAGCUGGAAGUUCUUUGCCCAGAGAUGCUGCACGUUGCACCAGCUGGAGCAUCCCCAGCACAGCCUGGAGAUUCCCACCUUAUUGGGGCACCAACCAGUGCAUCACCUUAUGAGUUUUCUCCUCCUGGGGGCCCUGUGCCACUUUCUGUGUUAAUUCUCAGCCUUCUGGUUCUGUUUUUCUCAGCAGUCUUUGUUGCUGCAGGCCUCUUUGCCUACGUGCUCCGAAGGCGUCGAAAGAAGCUGCCCUUCAGAAGCAAGCGGCAGGAAGGUGUGGACCUUACUGGCAUCCAAAUGCAAUGCCACCGGCUGUUUGAGGAUGGUGGAGGUGGUGGUGGUGGAAGUGGGGGUGGAGGUCGACCAACUCUUUCCUCUCCAGAGAAGGCCCCUCCUGUGGGUCAUGUGUAUGAGUACAUCCCCCAUCCAGUUACCCAAAUGUGCAACAACCCCAUCUACAAGCCUCGUGAGGAGGAGGAGGAGGCUGUUUCAUCAGCCCAAGAAGCAGGGAGUGCAGAACGUGGGGGUCCAGGGACACAACCACCGGGAAUGGGUGAGGCUCUCCUAGGAAGUGAGCAGUUUGCUGAGACACCCAAGGAGAACCAUAGUAACUACCGGACCUUGCUGGAAAAAGAGAAGGAGUGGGCCCUGGCAGUGUCCAGCUCCCAGCUUAACACCAUAGUGACGGUGAAUCACCAUCACCCUCACCCUCACCACCCAGCAGUUGGUGGGGUUUCAGGAGUAGUUGGGGGAACUGGGAGAGACUUGGCAGGGUUCCGCCACCAUGAGAAAAAUGGUGGGGUGGUGCUGUUUCCUCCCGGGGGAGGAUGUGGUGGUGGCAGUAUGCUACUAGACCGAGAGAGGCCACAGCCUGCCCCCUGCACAGUGGGAUUUGUGGACUGUCUCUAUGGAACAGUGCCCAAAUUAAAGGAACUGCACGUGCACCCUCCUGGCAUGCAAUACCCAGACUUACAGCAGGACGCCAGGCUCAAAGAAACCCUUCUCUUCUCGGCUGGAAAGGGCUUCACAGACCACCAAACCCAAAAAAGUGAUUACCUCGAGUUAAGGGCCAAACUUCAAACCAAGCCGGAUUACCUCGAAGUCCUGGAGAAGACAACAUAUAGGUUCUAACAGAGAGAAGAAAAUAUAUUAGUGCUUUUUUUUUUUUUUUCAAAAGAAAAGGAAAAUAAAAGAAAUAAAUCCCUUGCUCCCUUUACACUUGUCCCAAUAACUCCAUCCUCAAGAUCUUCCCUACCCUGAACAAAACUGAAACCGCAUGAUGACUAGAGAAUACAGAUGUAUGCUCUCCCCUCUCAGAUGUGAUUUGGAGGAAGGGCCAUACUCAGAUCAUUAAUCAAUGAAGUGCCUUCGCAGACUUUUGCCAGCAAAUGUUAUCAUUAUUUUUUUAUACUGAAACUUGAGACUUUGACUGUGCCAUGUAUAAGGUAUACUGGGAAUCAUUGUAUGGAUCCUAAUUAAGUAAAAUUCAGUGUGUCUUUUUAUUUUCAGUAACUAUUUUUUUUUUUUUUAGUUGUAGUUUUGUUUUAAAGGGAGGGGGGAAACAAGUUGACAUUUGUCAUUUGUGGCUUUCUUUCUUCUCAUCAUGGCACAGAUUCUGUACAUGUAUUAACAAUGCAGUUUGCUGCAUGCCUGGAAACUGCAAGACGGGGAGGGAGG